AUGGCAUCAUUCUCCUUCGGGUUCGGCGGCGAUGACAUAGAGGACGACUCCGUCCCGGCCGCCGAGGCCUCCGCGCCCGCCCCGGAGCCCGAGACCCCGCAGUCCGCUGCAGCCAGCGCCUUUCCGGUCCCCGGCAAACCCCAGCUACCGCCCACCAGCCAUAACCUGCAGGAAAUGCUCUCGAAGCUGCCUUCAAAGGUCGCCUUCAGCACCCUGGAUAUUACCCUGGAUGACGGCAGCCUCCUCAAGAUCCCUCGUCGAGAGCUCUGGGACGUGCGAGUGCAGCUCAUGGCCGAGGAUGAGACCGCCAGUGACGGUGCCGACGCCGAAGGCCUUGGCAGCCACGAUGUCAAGACGGGCGUCUACGAGGGUGGUUUCAAGAGCUGGGAGAGCAGUGUGGACCUCGUCAAGGUUCUAGCCAGUGGCCAAUACUUGGACUUGCUCAAGCAACGGCCUCUCCGAGUGAUCGAGCUGGGAUGCGGCACAGCGCUUCCAUCGCUGGCUCUCCUGCAGUGGACCAUGAGGAAUCCAGCACAGAGAUCGCCACUUUUGCUUACCCUGGCCGACUACAACCCGACGGUCUUGCAGUUGGUCACGCUGCCUAACUUUAUACUCGCCUGGGCUCUGGAACGCAGAGACCAGAACCUCAUCCUGGAGGAGGCAUUCGCGAUGGAAGAUGAGCUCGAACUUACGUCCGAGGUUUUGCAACUGUUCAAGGAGUUCCUGACGUCUUCUAAAAUCUCUCUUAAUUUCAUUUCUGGUGGUUGGUCAGUCGAGCUUGUUGAUCUCCUAUACGAAACUCAGUCUAAGCUGGACGUGUCCAGCAGUUUCGAUACCCUUCUUAUCGGAGCGGAAACUAUCUACUCGCCUUUCGCACUGAACGCUUUCAACGAGAUGGUCCUUGCAAUCCUCAACAGAGAACAGAGCCAACGCAGCAACUGCCAGUCGCAGGCGCUAGUUGGAGCAAAAAGGCUUUACUUUGGAGUCGGAGGUUCACUCGAUGAUUUCGUGGACAAGGCUAGGGGAAAAGGAGCAUCAGUGGUUCAAGUCAGGGAGGAGGCUGAGGGCGUCCGGCGAGGUGUCGUUCGCUGCACACUGGAUUCACCCCGUUAA